UACUCUUUUCUUUUUUUUUUGCACAAGAAAAAAAAACAAACAGAAAAGAACACCCCACUCCCUCUGUACUCAGUUCCUCACGGAUUCUCUGCCCCGAAGAAGAAGCAAGCAGAAACGAUGUGGAAUUUGAUUUUCUGGAUCAUCUGUUUGCUCAUCAACUUUGGCCUCCUCGCUAUCGUCUUUUACGCUCUUCUAUGUUUAACGGACUUGGAGGUAGACCAGAUGGAUCCGUUUGUGGCGACGGCUAACAUCAACAGGUGGAUUCUGCUUGAGUUUGCUUUGCAAGCUGCACUAAGCAUUCUUUUACUCUUCACAGGUCACUGGAUCUUGUUUUUGGUGGCAGUUCCUCUUACCUGUUAUCAUGCAAUGCUGUUUAUUAGACGGCAACAUCUUAUUGAUGUCACUGAAGUUUUCAGAAACCUCAACACUGACAAGAAGCAUAGGAUGAUCAAGCUUGGUGUCUACAUGAUCUUCUUCACAGUUUGCGUAUUUAGAAUUGGUGCGGGCAUCUUAUCACUGUUCAACUCUGAAGAAUUAGAUAUCCACUCAUCGUUUUUUGAGUUCUAGAAACUUACCAUUAUUAGCCUGGAAGCUUGAUACUUUUUAGUGCUUUUAAAUAGGAAAGCAUUUGAUCAUAUGAGGGGCUACCAGGUUUAUGGUUUCGUGGUUCUGCAUUUUUUAGAAAAAGUAAUGCUGGCAUAAAGUAUUUGACCUAUUUUUCUAUUAUUGCACCAAUUCUUUAUCUACACUCUACAUAAAACUGUGCAUAAAAUUGAAAAUAAAACUCCAGUCAUGGCUUUGAAUUUCAUUGCUUUUCUCUUGUACAGUUGAACAUGUACAUAUAUUCAUGUAACUAAUUGUAUCUAAUGAAUCUGGCUCUUCCAUGUAUAGAGAAUCUUAAGUUCCUCCUUUGGCCAAAUCACUUACUAUCACUGUUAAACCAUUGACGUAAUAGUUCAGGAACCUGAUGCUGCUAUUUUGACUUUUUCCCCUUAAGUUAUCAUUGCUUACUGCACUUCGGUAAGAGGCCAAGAAUGUAAAUCAACGGGUUCAUAAAGCUGUGUUUGUUUUUGUGUUAAAAACCGCUUUUGAAUUUUAUUUUUUUGGGCUC